UUUAUGUCGAUGUCUGCGCUCCUGAUUGCACAGUGUCACUCGUUGCUUGCAGUUGUUAAUGAAUUAACAAAAUGUCAUCUCCACCAAAGGUUUCGUUCUACGUAGGGUGUAUGAAUGCGACGUACACCGUCGCUCAUAUAUUGAUGGGUGGAGCAGUUUUUCUUACAUUUGCGUUAGCAGAUUUAAAUGAAAAUUCAUUAUAUAAAGCACACGUUUGUACGACUAUAAUUGGGGUCACACUACUUUGCAGUCAAGCGGUAUUGUCAGUUAACCCUUAUGUUGGAUUCGAAGACAACUUUAUGUACCCACAGAAAUCGAAAACUUACUGGCUCAUUCAAAUACUUGGCUCUGCGUUAGUACUAAGUGGAGCUUGUAUCGGUAUAGCGUCGGUUGGUGAAAAAGUUUCUGCUAUCGAUGAUUUUCCGUUUCCCAUACCAGACAUACCAGGCUUACCAGGCUUACCAGGCGCAAAGCACUUGCAAACUGAUCAUGGAAUUAUAGGGUGUAUGAAUGCGAUCAACACCGUCGCUCAUAUAUUGAUGGGUGGAGCACUGUUCCUUACAUUUGUAUUAGCAGAUGGAAAUGACCCCGCAUUGUAUAAAGCACACGCCUGUAUGUCAAUUCUUGGGGUCACACUACUUUGCAGUCAAGCGGUAUUGUCAGUUAACCCUUAUGUUGGAUUCGAAGACAACUUUAUGUACCCACAGAAGUCGAAAACUUACUGGCUCAUUCAAAUACUUGGCUCUGUCUUGGUUCUAAUCGGAGCUUGUAUCGGUAUAGCCCUGGUUAGUGAAACUUCUUUUGGCUUCGAACUUCCAUUUCCUACACCAGGCUUAGUCCUCGUGCAACACUUGCAAACUAGUCAUGGAAUAAUAGAUGGUGAAGACUCCGGGAGGCUUAAAGCACACGCCUGUACGACUGCGAUUGGGAUUACAAUUCUUUGCAGUCAAGCGGUGUUGUCAGUUAACCCUUAUGUCGGAUUUGAAGACAACUUUAUGUACCCACACAAGUCGAAACUGUACUGGAUCAUUCAAAUAAUUGGCUCUGGCCUGGUAGCAUGCGGAGCUUGUGUUGGUGUUGCUCUGGUUUAUGAAAAUUCUAGCAAUAUCCUUCCGAUUCCCACUCCCAUACCAGUACAAUUCCCCACGAGACACUUGCAAAAUGCUCAUACAAUUGUAGGCUCUAUACCUAAGUUCUUCCACAAAUGCCCAUAA